AUGGAUUGUACGUGUACCUUGCCAAGCCUUUGGGACGGGCAGUGGUGGGACAGCAGUUCUGGGGAGGUUACCUUUACUCAUUCCAGUCAACUGCUGACGGGGUGGCAGAUCCAGGCUUACACGUCAUCCAUCAGUUCCUGGACAUGUGUCAAUCAAAAUUCUAGUUCAUUUCUUCUGUUUAAGGGUGACCAAAACCUGAAUGUGUUCGGUUCGAAUGUCGUCGGAUACCGAUGCAUCCGAUUCAUCAAGAUAACAGAUCACUCUUACUAUUACUAUAUUCUCGCAGUUGAAGAGCCACAAGGUGGUUUGAAGAGGUUUGAAGCAAUAUUAUUAGCUACGACUCCAUCUCCCUCAGAAGAUUUAUCAGAUCGCUGCCGGCCACCAAAUGGUCCUUCCGAUGAAGAAUACCAUGUCCUAGUUAAAAAGGGGUUCGAGAGUAGUGUGAAGCAGUGGUGCCCAAUUCCUCUUCUUGGAACGUUUUCUUACAAGCACGAUACCGGAAGUGUUGUUUCUUGUAGUGCUGGAUCAGCGGUUAGCGCAUGCCCAGACUGGACAAAUUUAGCUUUCAAUUAUUCACAAUGUGCAACGAUUCAAGUGUUUUCGGCGUCCGGAAAAGUUCAGUGUGUGGCGACAGUAGAGUAUAACAAUACACUUUACACCACUGUGUUCAACCCUGAAACUGUGACUGAUACCACCAACUACGACAAAUUCUCAUGUCUAGCCAUCACAAAGUCAGGCGAGACUGUGUAUAUGAGUGAUGCCAAAGGAAGCUGUGAAAAAGAUCAGAGUUCAAAGGUUAAGGCCACAAGAGGGAGUGGUACACUGGUGCUUACGGAAUACAGUCGAUGUUACGGAGGAUGUGUUUUUCCGGUUGUGUGGGACAGGGAUUGGUAUGACAGCGGUCACGGCAACAUAAGUCUAAACAGAAAUUACAGUGCGGUGUCGGAGGGGUGGUCAAUACCCGUGUUUGGAACAACCAUACUCUCCUGGACUUGUUUUGCUGAAAACACUUCAUCAAAUUAUUUUCUGUUCAAAGGAGAUCAAAUACCCUUAUCGUCUGGAAUCGGCCAAAACGUGUUCAGGUGUGUUAAAUGGGAAAAACUAACAACGUAUUCCUACAGUUAUUAUGUAUUGGCAGGUACCAACUCAAAUGCUGCCAACAACAGGGUGAUUACGGAAGCCCAAAAUGUUAGCGUGACGUCAUGGACGACUACAGAUUAUUGUCAGGAAUCGGUCACUCCUCCAGUAGAAGAGUUCCAAGUGAUUGUCAGGAAGGGUUUUGAAGUUGAUGCCAAGAAGUGGUGCCCUAUCCCUCUACUGGGUAAUUUUACAUACACACAUAACGACGGCAGCACCACGACGUGUGGUCCCUCAAAUUCCGACCUAAGCGUAUGUCCCUCCUGGUCUACUUUGACGUUUAACUAUACCAUGUGCAGUACAGUUCAAGGAUUCUCAGAUGAGGGAAUCUUGUACUGUUUAAAGUAUGUCUUAAAAGGAUCAACAAUUUUCCUGUCUGUCUUGAACCCUGGUAUAGUGGACAAUACACAAACCCACAGAUUUACCUGUUAUGUGCUGACGGAGAGUGGUGACACUGUGUAUAUGAGUGACAGUGUGGGGAGCUGUGAGGCGGGACAGAGUCCUACAGUAAAGGCAACAGAUGGUAGUGGAACUCUACAGCUGGAAUCCACAGAACGAUGUUACGGAUCCUGUAUAUUCCCCGUGAUGUGGGACGGUUCCUGGUACGACAGUGGAAUGGGAGAUGUAACUUUGAGUUAUGCUGUCAAGGCUGUGUCGGGGUGGAGGAUCAAUAUCAACGGCACGGAACUGACGUCAUGGACUUGUCAAUCACAGAACGCUUCACAAGGAAUAAUGCUAUUUAGAGCAAAUGAUCUUCUGCAUUCCAAAGACAAGUUGUACAAUGUCUUCCGCUGUAUAAGGACAGAGAAAUUAACAAACUACUCGUAUUCGUAUUAUGUUAUGAAUGAUAAAAUGGAGGAUGCUGGUUUUGAGAGGGUAUACCUGACUGAAUAUUCACCUGACGUCACGAAUUGGGAUGUGAGUUCAUUAUGCUCACCAGUGUCUCCACCAGGGGACGAAGAAUACUACAUUCUGGUCAAACAAGGGCAUGAUACAGAAGUAAAGCAAUGGUGCCCCAUUCCAUUGAGAGGAGAGUUUAACUACACACAUGACAAUGGCCUUUCAACCACGUGUGGACUAUCCUCCUCUCUAUCUGCUUGUCCAGACUGGGUCACUUUACAGUUUAACUACUCUCUUUGUCCCACAGUGCAGGCGUUCUCAAAAGAAGGAGUUGUUAAUUGUGUUCAUACUGUAGUACAGGGUGACACAUAUUUUACAUCUGUAUUCAAUCCGGGGCUUGUAGACGGGGUCAACUUCCGGCGAUUUACCUGCCUUGCUAUAACUGAGGCGAGUGGAGUAGUAACAGUGAGUGACAGUGCAGGAAUUUGUGAAGCCAACCAAACAAGUAACUUCAAACAAACAGAUGGAAGUGGGGUCCUCAGGCUCACAGUGAAAGACACAUGUUAUGGGUCCUGUACUCUACCAACACAAUGGGUUGGUGACUGGUACGAUGGUUUCUAUGGACAGCUGACGUUUUCUAGUACCUCACUAACAGGAUGGGGUAUGACGUCAUAUUCUUCGACUAUAAACUCCUGGACCUGUGUAUCAGAGGACACAUCCAACAAUUACCUGCUCUUCCUGGGCGACCAAAGGGUCGAUUUAUUUGGUACUCAGCAAAAUAUGUUCCGGUGCAUUAAAUGGAAAAAGAUUACGGACAAUUCGUAUUAUUACUACGCACGUGCAGAUGUUGAACCAAACGCACAAAACGCCCGCGUUAAGGUAGAGUUUUAUGACCCGUCAGUAACCUCCUGGAAUGCCGCUUCUUACUGUGACCCUUCAUCGGGACCAGGACCCGAGGAAUAUCACGUUCUUCUAAAGAAAGGUUCAGAAUCUCUGACGAAGCAAUGGUGCCCUAUACCACUCCUCGGAACAUUUCGCUACGUUCAUAACGAUGGGUCAACUGACGCCUGUACUACCGACUCCGAGAUGAAUGUUUGUCCAAGCUGGACAACGAUUCAGUUUGAUUACACCAAGUGUCCAAAAACCCAAGCAUUUUCCCAAGAGGGAAUCGUGCAUUGUGUGAACACAGUCCAGAAUGGUGGUUUACUACACAACACUAUAUAA